AUGCGACAGUUUGAGCCCUGGUUCGAGGAGAAAUGUCAGAUACUAAUUAUCGGCCCGGACACUAUUCGAUUGAGCGACCGGAUCUUCAAGGCAGACAAGUACUACAAGGAAAAGCGCUCAAGUCAAGCUCGGCUGGAGGUGUGGAUAAUUGCGAUCCCCGCCACCUUUGAAAAGAGCGUUGAGGACGUUCAACGCCUCAGGUACCGUUCUUAUGCCUCCGCGUUAUUUUCUCUGCAAACGCGCGCAAAAGCAGGGAUUGCUGGGCAAAAGCUUCUCGAAAAUAACCUGAUCAGGCAGAUCAGUUAUACAGGAUUCAAACCACGCAAAGUAUCUGGAAGCCUGGUAUUUUACCCCGUGUACCCGGAUUGGGAUCCACAGUCAACGGUUUCUAUCCCUACCAGCUCGUCCUGA